UGCUCGUGUCUGUCAACUACGUGAAGUGAAGUCAACACUUACUAGAUUGCCAGCAAGCUUGUGGAUUUUAAAGCUAGCUAAUAGUGAUAUGGAUAACUUUUGUCAGUAUUUAAUUUGUGGUCAUUCUUUGACAACUGUCAACUAGCCACCUAGCCAGCAAACCAGCAAGCAAUCCGGUGAAAACGAGCUGAAGCCUAGCUGAUACUUAAAUUGCUAGCAAUAUUUACUCAGUUAGCUGCUAGACUUGCUAAGCUAGUAUUAGCUCGCGUACUUUGCUGGGGCAGCGAUAACGCUUUGAGGAAGGCCUGACCGAUACACACAGUCUGCUGCUAAAGAAGGACAGUGAGCGCAGAUGUCAUCUCCCCACUGACCUCUGGAUCUCCCUCCUGAAGUCCGAGCUCUAUGAUUUGUGGUGAGGCCAUGUCUGCUGUGAACAUCACCAGAGACAUCCUGCACAGGCAGAUCCGGGACAAGAGAGCAUUGGGCUUUCAAAGGGUCUAUCAUGUGACCGACCCAUUCAUCAAGAGACUUGGACUGGAGGCUGAGCUGCAGGGUCACACAGGGUGUGUCAACUGCCUGGAAUGGAACGAGAAAGGAGAUUUGCUGGCGUCAGGCUCCGACGAUCAGCACGUCAUCAUCUGGGAUCCCUUCAAACACAAGAAGCUCACCACUAUGCACACAGGUCACGCUGCAAACAUAUUCUCAGUGAAGUUCCUUCCUCACUCUGGGGACCGCAUCAUAGUGACGGGCGCCGCGGACACCAAGGUCCACGUCCAUGACAUCACCGCCAAGGAAACCAUCCACAUGUUCUCGGACCACACCAACCGGGUGAAGCGCAUCGCCACGGCGCCCAUGUGGCCCAACACUUUCUGGAGCGCGGCAGAAGACGGCCUAAUCAGGCAGUACGACCUGAGGGAGAGCAGCAAACGCUCCGAGGUGCUCAUCGACCUGACGGAGUACUGUGGCCAGCUGGUGGAGGCCAAGUGUCUGGCGGUCAACCCCCGAGACAACAACUACCUGGCAGUGGGCGCCAACGGGCCCUUUGUCCGCCUCUACGACAUCCGCAUGAUCCACAACCACAGGAAGUCGAUGAGUCAGAGCACUUCAGCAGGGGUGCACACGUUCUGUGACCGACAGAAGCCCAUCCCUGACGGAGCAGGGCAGUAUUACGUGGCAGGGCACCUGCCAGUGAAGCUUCCCGACUACAACAAUCGCCUGAGACUCCUGGUAGCCACGUAUGUGACCUUCAGCCCCGACGGCACUGAGCUGCUAGUUAACAUGGGCGGGGAACAGGUGUACCUAUUCGACCUGACGUUCAAGCAGAAGCCAUACACGUACAUGCUUCCCAAAAAGUGCCAGCCAUCCGCAGAUAUCCAGAAUGGAAAGACGACCAAUGGCGUCUCCAACGGCAUUCACUUGCCCGCCAGUCGCCUUCGAUUGGCUACGAGCAAGAUCUACUCUGGCUCCGGUGAGCUCCCUCCCCACGCGGAGAGCAUCAAGCAGCGGGCUAACGAGGCGUUCGCCCGGGGCCAGUGGACCCAGGCCAUCCAGCUGUACAGCCUGGGGAUCCACGAGGCCGGCAGCAACGCCAUGCUGUACGGGAACCGGGCCGCCGCCUACAUGAAGCGCAAGUGGGACGGUGAUCAUUACGAUGGCCUGCGCGACUGUCUGAAGGCCCUGUCUCUGAACCCCGCCCACCUGAAGGCUCACUUCAGGCUGGCGCGCUGCCUCUUUGAGCUCAAGUACAUCGCCGAGGCCCUGGAGUGUCUGGACGACUUCAAAGGGAAGUUCCCCGACCAGGCCCACAGCACGGCCUGCGACGCGCUGGAGAAGGACAUCAAGGCUGCUCUGUUCUCCAAGAACGACUCUGAAGACAAGAAGGCCAGCAGCUCCAUCCGCUUCCACACGUUCAGCCGCAAGGAGUCCAUCCCAGAAGACGAGGUGGUCCUCAGGGAACGCAGCUUCGACUACAAGCACCGCUACUGCGGACACUGCAACACCACCACGGACAUCAAGGAGGCCAACUUCUUUGGGAGUAAAGGCCAGUACAUCGUGAGCGGCUCGGACGACGGCUCGUUCUUCAUCUGGGACAAGGAGACCACCAACCUGGUGAGGAUCCUGCAGGGGGACGAGUCCAUCGUCAACUGCCUCCAGCCACACCCGAGUUACUGUUUCCUGGCGACCAGCGGCAUCGACCCCGUGGUGAGGCUGUGGAACCCUCGGCCUGAGACGGAGACUGAGAACGGACGGGUGGUGGAGGACAUGGAGGGCGCGGCCCAGGCCAACCAGCGGCGGAUGAACGCCGACCCCCUGGAGGUGAUGCUGCUGAACAUGGGCUACCGCAUCACGGGCCUCGGCAACCGCGGGCCGGAGGGCUCCGACGACGAGGACAGCUCCGAGGGCCAAGUGCAAUGCAGGCCCAGUUAGAGAGACCACGAACACAAGACGACAACCUUCAGACAUUGAAUACAACCUGGAGGCAGAAUGCAAGGCUACCCCUAGCCCCCCCCACCCCUCCGACCUCACCUCAAACUCCCUGGCAGUCUUGUCUGUGCAUGUGCGUGCGCAAUUGUGUGUGUGUGUGUGUGUGUGUGUGUGCGCGCGUCCACGGAGGGGAAAGCACCAUAGAUGUCCGUUUUCAAUGUUUAAUUCUCCCCUGUAGACGAAAGCGACAUUGGAGCGAAUGUCAUGUCACAUCUCUGCACUAUGCACCACCCUCCCCUAUCCCAGCACACAGGACUUGAGGAGAGCUGUUUGGAGAAGGGGGAAAUCUUGCAGGGGGGAGAGGUGGGGGUGGGGGUAAGGGUAGGGUAGAGGGAGGUGAAGGGGCGGGGCCUCCAGAACACGGAGGUCUCCUCGGUGACCCGCUCCACCGUCGGAGCGAGAAGAUCUUCCUGAUGGAGGAGGGAACGCCCCUAACCGAGCCCCGUGUUCACUUCCUCACCUCUCGCGUCGAACGAGGAGAGCCGCACGCAACUCUCUCCUCGUGAAGGCUUUGGACAGAAAAGGCGGCGAGGCCAAAGCAGGAGCCUCGUGGUAGACUGUGCUGGGUCCACAGCCCGGGCCCACGCACUCCCACUGUCUCCCCUGUCAGCGAGGGAUCCUCGGGGGCCGCCGUCAGUCGGAGGGGAAGGAUCACAGCAGAAAGACUGUUCCCAUCUCUUCCAUCCAGAGUCGGAUCCUUUUCCGUUGUCGGCGUUGCUGUUGGAACAUCUGUGGGGGGGGGGGGGGGGAGAGUAUCAAAGCUUGGAACCUUCGGCUCAAACGGAAUGCGCGGGAGAAGCUUUUGGCGUCGUAUUUUCCUUUCAAACCCUGUCCGUUCAAAAUCAGUCGUUCUGCCCGUCGCAAGGCAGAGGAGCCGGGUCACAUUUUUCGUUGUAUUUAUCUUUGAUAAGUUCUUCUGGAGUUCCUUACGGCUCCUUUUUAGGUGCAAAUGAUUGAUUUUGUUGACUUGUCGUGACGUUCUGUCAGUUCUAUCUGAGGGGGGGUACUCGGCUUAUGUAAAGAUACAGGUGACUUAACACACUAUUCCAACAACAUUUAUUAAGUCAACGUGUAACCCUGAUUGAGACGGGUUAUAUGUUUGCUAAAUUAAUCUUCGGGACGGCAUUUGACUAUGUUAAAUCCGACCCCUCUCUAGAGACGGCGAAGAUAGUAUUAGCAGCGCUGGUCAAAGCACCAGUCCGAAUGUCACACGCAUGUCCUAGAGGUCAUGUCAAAGACACUAUAGAUUUGAUGGCAUUUGGGGUCUUCCCUGGGAAGUGUCCCUCUCGUGCACUUUCCGUUUUCUCCUCCCUGUAACGGAUGGUCGUCACUUUUUGGGGGAAGCGUCCCCAAGGCGGCUGCCCGCUCCGGACCCUUCAGAUCCAGCCCUAGUCUAACGCCGCAGGCCUAGAGUUAUGUUCCGGGUCUUGCUUACAGUAAACAAGGUUUGUCUAAUGCACUGUCAUGGGUAGGCAAAACAGACAUCAAGCCCCUCAGUCACUUGUCCAACCGAAAACCCUGCACAGUGAAGCCUGUUGGCUCCGAAUAUGUGUGAGGACUUAAUCCUCUAUAGGCUUCCAUGUGUAGUUUUUUUGUUUUGUUGAUAUCAUCUGAGGUAUUUUUUGUUUGAUUUGAUUUGAGGAACCUUGUGACGAUGUUGGCUGCAAAUGGGGGGGAAAUAAAAUAAACGAGGAUUGAUGACGA